UGUAAUUCAGAUGUAAACUUCCGGAAUAAUUAAAAUGGAAAAUAAAAAAAGACGAAAAUUAAAUGAUUGAGAUUUUAAUUUGAAAAAUGACAAAAUACUUGAAUUUGGUUUUUGCAUUUGUGCUUUGCAUGAGCUGCAUGUCGCUGGUUGUAUGCAAGUUGCGAUUUGUUUGUCCCAGACCGGUAACAUCUCGCUCAGACUUAAAGCAAACGUUGUCUUCAAGUCUAAUCUCUGAUGGUGAUUGUGGACAAGAUUCAUCAUUUCGAUUUGAAACAGAAUAUAAGAUAAUAACGCCUGGUCCUAUGACUGUACGUUUUGAAGAAACCAAAAAUGAGAAUUAUUCUCCAUUGAGUAUCAGCUUACAUGAUUAUGAGAAUAAUUCUACUGUGUGUUUACUAUUAGACCACAUACCCCAUAAAAAUCGUGGUCAUAUUUCUAGAACUUGUCAUACAGAGGGGUAUCCUAUUGGAGAGUGUGAAGGCAGUACCUACUACAUUACUGUCAAUAUUCCUGAUAUAGUGUGUCAUAGAUGUUACCUGAAAAUCAGAUCAGUCAUUUUUGAUGAACAAAAUAAAGAGAAAGUGUGUAAAGAUCAAAAUAAUGGUACCAAUACCUGCCAUGUUUAUUAUAGUUGUUCUAAUGUCCGAAUCAGACCUACUGUUUCUGGUCAAGGAAAAGGGAUGGAAUCAUGUGAAAAAUAUGCCUCUAAUUUAUUAGGACCCUGGCCAUAUCGACCCAGAAAAUAUUUUAAGGCUGAAUUAUCAACUGCUGCUAAAAGUUAUAGUGUUCUUGGUACAGCCGUGUAUGAUGUUAUUCGUAAUACAGUUACUGCUGGACUACCUAGAAAACAUUUCAGUGAUGGUUUAAUGAAAGUGGCCCUAUCAAUUCUAGAAAACUCUACAUCUAAUCCUGUAGAAUAUGACAUCAUUUAUUCCUCACCCAUUGUUCCAGGGUACUACACCCCUCACAAUAUUAACAUUCCGUUUCACAAUAUACCAUCUAAUAUUACCCAGUUAUUGAUGGCUGGAGAGAUAUACCUCAAUGUAUUUACAGAUGAUGCUGAUUAUAUUGGACAGUUACAGUUAAAACAUGAGGAAAGAGAUGAGGGCCGUUACGAGCAUCUGGCUACUAAAUAUAGUGUACAGGGUUGGCUGUUUUCACGCCCUUUUAUUGGCAAACAGGCUGAAUACCCUGCUGCUAAUUAUCCUGUUGGACCAUGUGCUCCUACUGCUAGGCAUUUUAUUUCGAGACUGUAUAUGUCUGACAGUGUAAAAGAUACAGUGGGUAUAUUAGCAGUUACAUUAUUAGAUUCAACUAUACACGUCAUGCUGAAACUCUGUCCAACUUAUACUCAUAUUUCAGCUCUGUCUUUACUUACUGGUCAACUGAUGGAGCCCUCAAGAAUCUCUGUGCCUCUACAGAGAUAUACAAAUGGUUAUUUAUUUACUAGUUUGUAUGACAGUGAAUUCAUCAAUGAGAGAAUGGGCACAGUCAGGUUUAUAAAAUCGGUAGAAAUUCUAGUCAAUGAAACUCAGACAAUACAGGGAUCUAUUGAAGAAGGAAUUUAUUCGUUUAUGGGAGAUAUAACCAGCCCACAUGGUUUAGCUAUCUUUCAGUUCACUCAUGGUAUGUGGUUAAAAUACUCAAUAUUGAUGAACAAUCUAGAUUGUGAUAAACAGUGGUUAACUUUACAAGGUGGUCGAGAAAAGGAAAUCAUUAAAAAUUUAACGUCUCAAAUUCGACGUCAACAUAAUCAUUAUAUUGCUGAAGGCUAUAUUCAUGAUCUAUCAAGUGAUGAUAUUCUCUAUCUAUGGAAUAAUCAAGCCAUGUUAAAUAUGAGAUGUCAACAUGACAAUUCUUCCUUUACAGAAAUCAUUGGAAAGCUAACUGAACCUGGAAAGUGGUACUGUAAUGAUGUAAAGCACUUUCAUUGUCCAAUUGUGUCUUUAACACCAGGAGGACAACCCUCAGAUGAAAUAGAAACUUUUCUACCACCAACUGGUCUGGCUAGUUUUGUAUUGAAUAGGGCUAAAGUAUUACAAUAUAGUAUCUAUAUUGGUGACGUAACAAAACGAGGUUUACUGGUAGCAACUUUAAAAGAUGAAAAUCAUUUGAUAUUGAGUAUCAAUCUACAUCGAUCUCUCACGGAAAAUAAAGUUUUUCAAGCUAAGGGUGAACUUCCCCAGACAUCACCAGAUCUUAUAGAUGCAUUAAGAUUGGGUAGAUUUAAACUAUAUGUUACUAAUCCUGGAUUAGGUACUACACCACUUACUGGUAAUCUACCAAUUAUUGAACGCAAUCAGUGUGUACAACCUAAGAAAUUUUUUGUUGGAGAAAAGAAGGAGAAUUGGUCUGUAGAAUCUGCACCGUUUAAAAGACUUCAUGCUUUAUAUGGCGAUAGCUUAGUUUUCAUUUACAAUAGUAAUACUACAGUUUAUUUACUAAAUUCACAGGAAGAUUUUGAGUCCUGUAAUAUGAAGAAGAGUAGAGAAUUAUUUGGAAAGACAACUGACAAUAUAACAUGGAUGUUAACAUAUAGAUUACCAUCAGGAUCAUCCUACUUUGCCUCUUUCCCUCAAUGUGAUCUUCGGCCUCCGUUUAAAGUAGCCAUCAGUACUAUAGAAGAUGAGAGUGUAAUAGGAGAUAGAUACAGCUGUAAAGAAUCAAUGUAUAAAAUAUGGAGGAGAGAGGAGGUUGAGAAGUACAAUAAACGUAGUCUGGUUCCUCCAGUUAUUGGAGGUCUUGUUGCUGGACUUGCUAUCUUGAUUAUAGUUCAUCUGGUUAAUCGUAAAACGCAGCAUGAAUCUUCUCCCACUCUCUUCAGUCAGGGUUUCCAAAGAUUUUAG